GGGGUGGAGCCUGAUGAGGUCACUAUGGUGAUUGUUGUUCAGUUAUAUAAGAAAGCAGGAGAGUUUCAGAAAGCCGAGGAGUUUUUCAAAAAGUGGUCUUCGGGUAAACCUUUGAGGAGCAAAAGCAAACCUUUGAGAAUCAAUGAUGAAGGGGUGGAUACUCGGGAAUUGGAUGAAAGGGUGGCGUGUGCUGAUGUUUCAUUCAGCUCGCAUACUUAUAAUACCCUGAUUGAUACGUAUGGAAAGGCUGGUCAACUUAAAGAGGCAUCCGAGACUUUAAUGGAGAUGCUUAAACGAGGUGUGGCACCCACUACAGUGACGUUCAAUACGAUGAUUCACAUUUGUGGAAACCAUGGACAACUAGAGGAAGUGAGUUUGCUUGUCCAGAAAAUGGAAGAGCUGCGAUGCUCGCCUAACACAAGAACGUAUAAUAUUCUUAUCUCUCUUUAUGCUAAGCAUAAUGAUAUAGGUAGGGCAACAAAGUAUUUUGAAGCAAUGAAGGAAGCCUGCCUCGUGCCUGAUCUUGUGAGUUACCGUACUCUCUUGUAUGCAUACUCCAUAAGGAAAAUGGUUCAUGAAGCAGAAGAGCUUGUAAGAGAAAUGGAUGAGCGGGGUCUUGAAGUUGACCAAUAUACCCAGUCUGCGUUGACUAGGAUGUACAUAGAAGCAGGAAUGCUAGACAGGUCCUUGUUAUGGUUUCUGAGGUUUCAUCUAACUGGAAAUAUGACAUCUGAGUCCUAUGCUUCCAACAUUGAUGCAUAUGGGGAACGUGGGUAUACUUUGGAAGCUGAGAAAGUCUUCAUUUUGUGCCAAGAACGGAAGAAUCUCAGUGUCCUUGAGUUCAACGUGAUGAUUAAAGCUUAUGGCGUGGGGAAAUGCUAUGAGAAGGCAUGUCAAUUGUUUGAUAGUAUGGAAAAACAUGGCGUAGUUGCAGAUAGAUGCAGCUAUACUACUCUCAUACAAAUUUUGGCCAGUGCUGACCAGCCACAUGUUGCCAAAACUUAUCUGAAAAAAAUGCAGGAGGCAGGGCUAGUAAGUGAUUGCAUCCCAUACUGUGCAGUGAUUUCUAGCUUAGCAAAAUUAGGCCUGUUGGAAAUCGCUGAAGAUUUAUACAGGGAAAUGAUUAACCAUGAUGUGGAGCCUGAUGUUAUAGUUUACGGCAUAUUGAUCAAUGUUUUCUCUGACGUUGGAAGGGUUAAAGAAGCCAUAAGUUAUGUUGAUGAAAUGAACAAAGCUGGCUUGCCAGGGAAUACAGUAAUAUAUAAUUCUUUGAUCAAAUUGUAUGCGAAAGUUGACAACCUGGAAAAGGCAGAAGAAACAUACAAGUUGCUUCAAUUAUCAGAAGAAGCUCCUACUGUUUAUUCUUCAAACAGUAUGAUUGCUCUUUAUGUUAAGCGAUCAAUGGUUGACCAAGCAAAAGAGAUAUAUGAGACAUUAAAGGAAAAUGGAGCUGUAAAUGAAUUUACUUUCACGAUGAUGCUGUGUUUGUACAAGAAAAUGGAGAUGUAUGAUGAAGCCAUUCAAAUUGCAAAGCAGAUAAGAAAAUUGGGACACUUGACAGAUUUAAGUUAUAACAAUAUACUUAACCUGUAUGCUAUUGCUGGCAGACCCAAGGAAGCAAUGGAAACUUUUAGGGAAAUGUUAAGUGCUUCCAUUCCUGUUGAUAAUUUUAGUUUUAGAUCGCUUGGAAAUCUUUUGCUCAGAUAUGGAGUAUCAAGGCAAGCUGUUGGCAAAUUAGAAGUAUUAGUGAAAAAAGAUGCUUCCAACGGUUUGCCGGCAUGGAUGUCUGCACUCGAAAGUGUUCUUGAAGUAGAUGAUUUUGAUCACGACUAGAUAUAUGCUCUUCAACUUAUACCUUUCUUAUUUAAACAUACAAAGCUCAGUUGAUUGCUUAAAGGACGAGAGUUGGACCAGGUUGAUGCACCCAAUCUUUCACCAAUUCAAAUUUCCUUCCGACUCUGGCACCCAAUCUUUCACCAAUUCAAAUUUCCUUCCGACUCUGGAUGGAGGUAUGAAGAUCACCUUGUACCUUUUGCCAAAUACAGACCAAGAAAUGUUUUAGUCCGAGACUUCGAACCAAUGACAGCCAGAACGAAUCCAAGAAAAUCUAUAAAUUUGGAUGGACCGUGAUAUAGACUCAAGUGUAAAUUGUAGAAAAAAUAGUGCUCAUCAUGAAACCCUCGUAUAAAUUAUGUGAGUAAAUCCCUUUGUCAGAGUGAUAAGGAAAGAUUCCUCAACUUCUUCUAUUUUGACUAUGUUCUGCUAUCACUUAAUGAAAAUCACGUUCUUUUUUGGAAAAAUAUGC